AUGGUUGAAGAAAGCAAACCUAAGGAGAUUAUGGUGCCUACGUCGAAUGUCAUAGUUAUAGAAGAAAGGCAGAAAACUGAGGCAGAGGGUACAAAGAUCUAUAAGCCUUACUCGAUCUCAUUUCCGGACAACCCACUAAUCUUGAAGCCCCCACUACCAUUCCCGCAGAGAAAAUCCACAUCAACAUUCCCUUUGCAGAAAGCUUUGGUCCAAAUGCCUAACUACGCUAAAUUCUUGAAGGAAGUGAUGUCAAAUAAGAAGAAGCUGGAGGAGUUCGAGACAAUUAAGCUGAAAGAGGGGUGUAGUGACAUACUUCAGAAGCUCCCUCACAAAUUGAGAGAUCCGGGCAGCUUCAACAUCCCGUACAAUAUUGGUGGUAUCACAUUUGAUAGGGCACUAUGCGACCUUGGAGCUAGUAUAAACCUGAUGCCCCUAUCAGUGUUCAAAAAGCUGGGUCUUGGAGAAGUGAAGCCCACAACCCUCACUUUGCAAUUGGCGGAUAGAUCGAUCACAUAA